AUGUCAGACCAGGAGAUGGAUUUAAUCGACAGAGCCGGUGUGGGCAGAGACAAGUUCCUGAAAUCAUCUGGCAAAUCGCCUAGAGACAGUGUUAGGAAAAACAAUGUCAUCAGUGUUAAAAACAGCCCGGAUACACAGCGGGCAAUCCGCUACCCGGUGGGUGUUUAUGGGGCGCAAGGAUCGCCAAUUGCGGAGAGUGUUCUGCCUUCGAGGCGCGGGUCUAAAAUCAUGAAUAAUGUAUGUCAAUCACCAGAAUCUAUGGCAAAGUCUCAGGAGAGAUUCCCAUCGCUGUGCUAUGACAGCUCUCUGUCUGACACACCUGUGCAAGACAACGGGGUCAUUAUGCGCAACAGGCGCUGGCUGGAGGAGGGGAAUGUGAGACAUGCGGAGCAGCGUCACAUUCAGCGUACUGCCGACAGCAGCUGUGGCUCAUCCAGACAUCCAUCUCUGCUGCACCGAGGGAGAGCCGAGGGUCACCCCGACACUGCACUGUCAUCUGUUGGCACAAAACGCAACAUAGCUGCUCCCAGGGAGGCUCACUGUGACAACUCUGAUGAAGAUGAGAUUAACAUCACAAGUGAUGAUGACAUAUACGACAGCAAAGCAGGUCCAACAGCUCAACUUAGACCUGUGAGAGACCUUUCAGCAAGAAAGAGCACCCACAAAGUGAAUAGCAGUCCAGAGGAAUGUGCGUGCUUCAUCUGUGGCUCUGGGCUCAGACACAAUGGCAGAUUUAAAGUCAGUGUUCAGAAACAGGAGAGGGCACAGGGCGAGCCUUUCUUUCCCUUCCUGUGGCUUCACUCCCCUCCCCGUGGAGCAAUGCCCAUCAGUGCUGCAGGUACCACCCUGGUGUGCGGCAGCUGCCACACUUCCCUAAUGCAGCAGUGGCAGAGCUUCCAGUUGGCAGACGUGCCCGUCCUUCAGCGUCUGUAUGUUGUCCCACUCAACCAGGCUGAUGGUUCUCUCCAUCCUUCCCAGGAUGGGAAACCCCCACAGUCCAUGGAGAGAAACCCUGACCCCAGGGCUUCCCAUGAGGCUUGUUUCCUCUGUGGUCAGGAAUGUGCAGGAGAUUUGAGGACAGCAUAUGCACAGGCUGGCGUUGGUAAAUCCCGCGGUUCAAUGUAUUUCCCCUUCAUUAACAUGUUACCGUGCCCUCCUAAUGCCCAAGCAGUGAGGAACGGCCGUGUGCACUGCUGCCAACAGUGCCAUCAUAUCCUGGAGGAGAUCUGGAGCGCAUAUCGACUCAGCCUCAGUGAAGACCUCAUCACCUCUGUCAGCUCCUUCCUGGUUAGGUACCACGCUGCCAUGUCAGCCGAGGGUUCUGGAUCAACUAAUGCCCAUUCUGGCGCUUCGUCUCGUCCUCACAGCUCUGUGUCGGUGUGUUAUCUGUGUGGAGCUGAGCUCUGUGCGGGUGGAGAGUACCAGCUGCAUGUCAACCCGCCCGGUCGCUGUGGGGAGAGGGAACCUUUCUUCCCCUUCCUCACAGUGCAUCCUCCUGCCCCACGUGCAAAGCCGGUUGAUGCCACAGGCCUGGUGUCAGCAUGUAACCUCUGCUACCAUGACCUGCAUGCCCAGUGGGCCCAACAUGAGAGCAAAGGCCAGGGUCCCUCCACCCCUUCUACCCCUAGUUUAUCCAGUCCAAACCCCCCUCAGCCACCCAGCUCACCUUGGGCCCGCCAGUACAGCUGUGAGGGGUUUGUGUGUUUCUUCUGCAGACAGGAGCAGCGCAGGUUAGACAGGCUGUGUGCUGUUACCGUGGCCAGGCUACCUGUGUUCCUGUACGCACCUCGCAGCACACGCACACUCCUGGUGGAUGAUGGGAGGAGGUUGGUGAUUGGAUCAUGUGUGGAAUGUAAAGCUUUGGUGCAGGUGGGACAGAGCAUGCAGCAGGACAGAGACCGACUGGGACAUGGCGCAUCAGACAGGGAGAGGAAAGAGCCAGACGCUGCCUCGCCAAAAUCUAGACAUAAGGUGUGUACAGUGAUUGAGAUUGCACCCAGUAAAGAAGCGGACUGUGGGCCUUCACAAACUCCUGCAGGUGACCACACUCCUUCUCACCCAGUGACCUUGGAGCCAGAGAAAGCUGACCGAGCUGAACGCCCUCCUUCCAGCAUGAGCCAUGAGCCAAAGUCACCAUCGUUAGGAAUGAUCUCUACGGCAACCCGUACCACGGCGACGGUCAGCCCCCUCACCCCGUCGCCCCUCAACGGCUCCAUCGUAGCCAAUGGAAGCCCGGCCUCCCAGUCUGCUCACUCUGGAUUUGCUGCAGCCCUCCGUAAACUGGCUAAACAGGCCGAAGAACCUCGAGCUGCAUCUUCCAUCAGCAGCGAGUCCUCUCCAGUAUCCUCCCCGGCCACCAACCACAGCUCUCCAGUCAGUACGCCCAAGAGGGGUCCCCUCGGUCCAGGGCCUGUCCUGGUUCCCCCCACAGGCCACAGUGUGCCAAACACUCCACCUGUAGUCACCAUUGCUCCAACGAAGACUAGCAACGGCCUCUGGAGAACAGAGGGACGCCAGGCUGACUCGGGUCCUCGUGGGGCCAGCAGGGAACGUCUGGGUGCAGAGGGGGCCCUCCCCCAGGAGAAAGGUGGCCCCUCAGUCCCUGCACACCUCCUGGGAAACCCCUAUGCCUUUGGUCUCUCCCCUGGCGCUGUCAUGCAGGAUUCUCGUUUCCAACCACUUAAUCUGCCUAGACAGCUGCCGCCCGGGCCAGUACCAGAAGAGUACCUCCGCGGUUUCCGGCCCUAUGCCACGUCUGAGGAUGCCCUCCGCAUGCCCUCUUUGCCCUUGGGCCUGGACCCUGCCACUGCAGCUGCUGCGGCUGCCUACUACCACCCCAGCUACCUGCCCCACCCUUCCUUCACGCCAUACAGGAUGGACGACCCGUUCUGCCUCUCUGCUUUGAGGUCACCUUUCUAUUCGCUGCCAGCAGGGGGAGCUUUACCCCCCAUGCAUCCCUCUGCUGUUCACAUGCACCUACCAGGGGUCCGUUACCCUGGGGAUUUUACACACCCUUCACUGUCAGCACUGCAGUCCGAGAGGCUUCAGCUGGAGGAUGAGCUGCGGCAGAGAGAGAGGGAGCGCGAACGGGAGCGUGAGAAGGAGAGAGAGCGGGAGGCUGAGAGAGAGAAGGAGCGGGAGAGAGAACGAGAGCGGGAGAGGGAGAGAGAAAAGGAGCUGGAAAGGGAGAGAGAGCGCGAGCGGGAGAGAGAGCGUGAGAGGGAACGAGAGAAGGAGAGAGAGAGAGAGAAAGAGCUGGAAAGACAGAAGGAGAGAGCACUGAGGGAAAAGGAGCUGCAGGCAUCCAAGGCCAUGGAGAGCCACUAUCUGGCUGAGCUCCAUGCCAUGAGGGGGCAAGAGGACAGAACCAAGCCUGAGAGACUCACCCCGAAUCGGGCUGAUAAAACCAAAGAGCCCGUCCCUCCAGCUCCUAAACCAGUCCCGCCUGGGCUCCACUCUGCAAUGGUUCAACAACAUCAUCCCGUCCCCGGUCUAAUCUCCGGCCACGGCCUCUACAUGGGGCCCAACGCUGUAGGGGCAGGGCUCUCAGCCUCACUGCUCGCUCAGAGGGCCAAUGAGGAAGAGAGGUGGUUGGCACGGCAACGCAAGCUUAGACAAGAGAAGGAGGACCGUCAGUACCAGGUGUCUGAGUUCCGCCAGCAGGUUCUGGAGCAGCACCUGGACCUGGGUCGACCAGGUGACACAGCAGAUCACAGGCCAGACUCACACAGAUCAAUACCAAAUCACCAUGAGCCAGGAAGCCGGGACCUACAUCCUCAACUGGGCGCCCCUCCACCCCUCAUAUCCCCCAAACCUCCUCAGCCCCUGCGUGACCACCACCCUCCACCUCCCACCACCCUGUGGAACCCCGCAUCUCUCAUAGAAACAACCUCAGAGUCCAGACGUAACCACGAGCCCUCAGGGAUGGGACACUAUGAGCUUGGUCGACUGCCCCCGGGGCCCUCCAAGUAUGAGGAUGUCGCACGGCGGAGAGAUGGUGCAGCCAUGGAGAAGUAUCCCCCUCUAAGAGGCCCUCCAGGCCUGCCUGAGCCCAGCACGUUUCUUGCUGAUCUGGAGAAAUCCACUCAGAGCUUCUUCAGCCAGCAGAGGGCGUCGCUGUCCCUGACUAGUCAGUAUGAUUUGGAGGGAGCUGUGAAAAGAGGAGACGCUGGACCAAAGAGCCUGCAGGGACACCCAGGACACAGUAGACAUGGACAAGGACUAGGACUGGUCACUGGGUCAGGGAUAGGACAGGUAGCCACACUGGGGAUGGGUCCGGACACAAAACUGAUCUACGAUGAGUUCCUGCAGCAGCACAGACGGCCGGUCAGCAAGCUGGACCUGGAAGAGAAGAGGAGAAGGGAGGCCAGGGAGAAAGGUUACUACUAUGAGCUGGAUGACUCAUAUGAUGAGAGUGAUGAGGAGGAGGUGAGAGCACAUCUCAGGAGAGUGGCAGAGCAGCCACCACUCAAAUUGGAUGACUCGACAGAGAAACUGGGCUUCCUAGGCGUGUUUGGCCUCACCACUGUUGGUCGGCGGGAGGAGCUGGUGCAUCAGAAGAGAAGGAAGAGGAGGAGGAUGCUCAGGGAGCGAAGCCCAUCACCGCCUGCCUCGCAAUCCAAACGCACUCCUCCUCCUCCUCCCCCUCCCCACCUCAGCACACGCUUCACUCCAGAGGAGAUGGACAAAGCUCCAGAGCUGGAGGAUAAGAAGCGGUUCCUCACAAUGUUCAGACUGUCCCACGUCACUGUGCAGCAGAGGAGAGAUAAUGAAAGGGUAGUGGAGCUGCUUCAGGCCAUUAAAGAAAAGAACGUAACCUUGGAUACUAUCAGGCAUGCCCCUCAUCCGCUGUGUAAGAGCCCUCAAGCACAUCUCUCUGAUUCUACAUUAGCACCGCCUCCCUCUGAAUCAGAAGACCAUCACAGUGUCAGGCCACACAGCCCCUCCUCACAGUGCCCGGCAUCCCCCAAUGGCCAUCCAAAACCCCUUGGGGAAACAUUAAGACCAAAGGAACCCCCCUCUCCAGCUGUCUACCCAGACAAGGCCCGGGGGCCCAGUGAGGGGCCGAUCUCUAAGAGGAGCUCCAGUCUGCUGAACAGCUUGCGGCCCCCGCUCCCCCUGCAGGCGAAGGAUGGGCUUCACAGCGUCAAUGGACGCACCAAACCUUGGGACAGCUUCACCCCGGAGGAAUUUGCCCAGCAGUUCCAUGAAUCUGUACUUCAGUCCACCCAGAAAGCUCUGCAGAAACACAAAGGUGGAGCUGCGGGAAUGUCGGAGUCGUCUCACCUCCAGGAGUCGUCUGUUCACUACAACAUUCCAGAGCUUCAGAGCGCUCCUGGCAGACCACCACAACCUCAUUCACAGUCUCACACAAACACACAUUCAUUUCCACAUCCACUGUCACACUCUCACUCUCAGCCCAACGGGCAGCACUUCUCUGUACAACACCACCGGGAGGCCUCUGGGACGAGGGAGGACCUGUCGGGCCCAGAUGACUCUGAAGAGGAGGAGGAUGAGGAGGAAGAGGAGGCUCCUGUUUCAAAGUGGCAGGGGAUUGAAUCUAUAUUUGAAGCAUAUCAGGAAUAUGUUGAAGAGCAAAGUUUGGAGCGACAAGUGUUGCAGAGUCAUUGUCGAAGACUAGAAGCUCAGAACUACAACCUCAGUCUGACUGCCGAGCAGCUAUCUCACAGCAUGGGGGAGCUGAUGUCCCAGCGACAGAAGCUUGCGAUGGAAAGGGAGAAGCUACAAGCAGAGCUGGAGCACUUCAGGAAGUGUUUGACACUGCCUCAGACACACUGGCCAAGAGGUGGCCAUUACAAGGGCUACCCUCCCAGGUGACCCCGACACGCCCACCUGUGGACCCUAGGCCCGGCCCAGCUCCCCUUUCAGACUUAAACCCAGAGUUUAUUUUUCACAGCCCUGUCCACAUGGCUCCAUUGAGUAGAACAUGGCUGGCUGGAAAAGAUGAAUGAGUGAAUAAAUGAAUGAAUUGAGUGAAUGGAUAGAUGGAUGAUGCAGGACCAUAAAGUGAAGGACGGGCAGUCUUUUGGCCAGCCAGGGACUGUGCCUCGAGUCAAGAAAGUGUGCCAAUGUAGCCAACCCCGAGAUCAGGGCAGGAGCACCUGAAGAUCAACCCAAGCACACACAAAGAAACACACAUGCACCUGCUUUACACUGCGUCUUCAGUCCCUGCUGCUCUGCUGUUCGCUCCCUGCUUCCCUCACCGCCACAGCUACACAGACAAUCCUGCCAAUGAGGGAGCAGCCGCCCCACCAGAGGACAAGAGACUUGAACGCUCCAGAGGCUUCUGGCCAGUUGGGACUGAGUUUGUCGCAGUGGACACUUGAGCUUUUUGAACUGGAAAUGCACUUAUGUAUAAAAGCUGAAGAACUACCUGGUGGUACUGUGUUACAACAAAGAACUGUUCAAAUUAGGGAAGAACUUAGAAAAUGCACAUUUUUGGAAAGAAUUAAGGAAAUGUUUUAUUUGGAAAUAGAAAAUUUGAGAAUAAGAAUUUUAAAAGGUGCUUCAGCCUUGUAUUGUACAUAAUAUGAAAACUUAAAAGAAUUUUGUAUGUUUUUAUUACUUUAAUCAUUUUUCUUUUAAAAGAAAAAAAGCCUGCCAUUUUUAUAUGUUUAUGCUUUUUUGGGGUCGGAAAAGAAAGCCUUGCUUUUAGUGUUUGUACUGCUGCUGGCCAGAACAGCUCAUUUUGAGACAUUUAUCAGAGUAAGGGGACAAAACAGGAAAACACACUCCGCCUUUUACUCCCUCCCAACCCAUCCACCGCAUAUGGCAUCUGGAAUCAGCAAUGUUCACCCAGAGGUCCUGAAACACAGAUUCUGCCCCCUCACCCUCUGCCAUCACAGUAACACGUGUCUCUGUGUGAAUGCCUAUUUGGAAAAACCCUCUGCUCAGAUUCACCGCGCCUGGCAUGAAAGGUUUGCUCAUUAUUAUGCAGAAACCAGAUGAAUUCCACAGUGACUUUUUUUUUUGUAUUGUGUUUAUUUACUUUGACAUACUUGAGAUGAUUCUUUUGUAAAGACAUGAAGAGUCUAUUAAGCAGCCAGAUGAUGGAUCUGGUUCUUGAUGCUUCAUCCUCCAUUGGACCUGUCACUUGACUUUUUUCUCUUUUUGAAAUGGACUAUAACAAUAUGAAGGUUUGCAUAAUGUUACGCCUUACAUGCUCAAGCCCGUUUUAGCAGCCAUUAGAGGAGACGGUGCCAAAAUGAAAAACUGCAGCAUUUGGAUUUUUAAUUGAGAUUAUGUUGCAAUAAGACAGCCAAAAAUUCACACCAGAACGGCCAUCUUCCUCUGCUGAAACCCAAUUUGAAGACUAUCAAUAAACAGAGUUGCCAACAUUUUACAAAUCACACAAAUUGAAUGCUCAAACUGAGCAUUUCUAAGAAGCUAUUAAUCAGUAGAAGUUUCAUUUACCUGGCCUCAUACGUGUUUACAAUCUCUGCCUGCCCUUCAUCCUCCUCUUCAGAUCUGUAAGACACCAUUUUUACACUGAUAGUCUACCCUGUAGCUCAUGUUGCCUCAGCUUCAAGGUGGUAUUUGCAUUUGGAGACUUCCCCAAAAGCGCUCUAAAAGAUGUAUAGCAUGGUUAAAUGAAAGGGUUUUACCCUGAUUGCACAGGGUUUGGUGGAAUGGUUCGUGUGAACAUGUGGGAGAUUUCAAAGAAGUUAAAUUAAAGCUAAUUGACUUGAAUUGAAAAUGUGCAUAAAGUUUCUUUAUGGAAAAAAACUGAAGCACAACCAGCCCUACAUACAGUUCAGUGAUUACAAGUGCCUCAGAGAUUUGGGAAUGACUGUAGUCUACAUGUUGGGAUAGUCUACACUUAGCAUCAGUGAUCAGGGACUUAGCAUUUUCAAGUGUCUAAUGUAUGUCUCACACCUUUUGAACAUGUGCAUGUCCAGAACCCACACAGAGCUCCUUUAUCCGAAGGCAUCUCCCAGAUUCAAUUCACUAGGCCCAAACCAGUUCAGAGGAUCAGGUGUAUCCAGAGCGUAGUCUGUCAUUCUUACAGAGCAGAAUUAGUGCAGCCUGUCAGUUAAUGAGGGGGUCCGCAUGCUGAGGUAAGCUGCCAACAACCAGAGGUGGGAGGUCCAAUACAGCAAGCCCCUUAACUCCGCCUCCCUGUGUCUCUCCAGCCCACGCACGCCCAUGCAAUAGCCCCAUUACUCAGUGGAGGAUGUCUAGAUGCUGUGAAAUCCUGUUUUUAAAAUGUACUUGUUUGAAUUCAUUGUAAUGUAAUAUAUUCUUUGUUGAAUGUAGUAAUUAGGUAUUUAUGAAUAUAUGGCUGUGAUUUCAGACAAAAAAGAAAUAAAAUAUUUCAAAAAUGUAAA